CUCUCCGCCUACUCCAGCCUCCGCCGCUUCAGCUUCCCGAGCGAGCCCUGCGGCCGCCGGAGCAUCUCCCGCGGCGGAGCAGGAGCCGGAUGGUCAGAGGAGCCCGGCAGUCCCAGCAGCCGCGGAGUCGCCUGGCCCCCAGACUGUCUGGCACAGUGGAGAAACCACCCCGAAAACGGAAAAGCAGAUUUCUUAAGCAACUACUGUCUGACUACUGUCUGGAGAUGAAGAAAUUUUAAAACGACGUCUCUCUCCUCCUGGAGUUUUUGUUAUAUCUGGAGAUAGAUGGACUGAAUUUACUCUUAAAGAAACUAUGUCCUCUGGAGGUGCUGAAGAUGACAUCCCACAGGGAGAGAGGAAGACAGUUACAGAUUUUUGUUAUCUUUUGGAUAAAUCCAAGCAACUGUUCAAUGGCUUAAGAGAUUUGCCUCAGUAUGGACAGAAGCAGUGGCAGUCCUACUUCGGAAGAACUUUUGAUGUUUACACCAAACUCUGGAAAUUCCAGCAGCAGCAUCGACAAGUCUUGGAUAAUCGGUAUGGCUUGAAGCGGUGGCAAAUAGGGGAAAUCGCUUCCAAGAUCGGGCAGCUGUAUUACCACUAUUAUUUACGAACUUCUGAGACCAGUUAUCUGAAUGAGGCUUUCUCCUUCUACUCUGCAAUCAGACAGAGAUCAUACUACUCUCAAGUCAAUAAAGAGGACAGGCCUGAGUUGGUUGUUAAGAAACUCCGAUACUACGCAAGAUUUAUAGUAGUUUGCCUUCUUCUUAACAAAAUGGACGUUGUGAAAGACCUGGUAAAGGAAUUGUCUGAUGAAAUUGAAGAUUAUACUCAUCGCUUUAAUACUGAAGAUCAAGUCGAGUGGAACCUGGUGCUUCAAGAGGUAGCAGCAUUCAUUGAGGCAGACCCUGUGAUGGUGUUAAAUGAUGAUAACACUAUUGUUAUCACAUCCAAUCGCCUCGCUGAGACAGGAGCCCCCUUGCUGGAGCAAGGCAUGAUUGUGGGACAGUUGUCUCUGGCUGAUGCACUCAUUAUUGGUAAUUGUAAUAAUCAGGUCAAAUUCAGCGAAUUAACUGUUGACAUGUUCCGGAUGUUGCAAGCCUUGGAGAGGGAGCCUAUGAAUUUAGCUUCCCAGAUGAAUAAGCCAGGAAUACAGGAGCCAGCUGACAAGCCCACCAGACGAGAAAACCCCCACAAGUAUCUACUCUACAAACCGACUUUCAGCCAACUGUAUACAUUUUUAGCAGCAUCUUUUAAGGAGCUGCCUGCCAAUAGUGUGCUUCUGAUUUACCUGUCAGCCACUGGCGUUUUCCCCACAGGUCGUUCUGAUGGUGAAGGUCCUUAUGACUUUGGAGGUGUACUUACUAAUAGUAACCGGGACAUUAUCAAUGGAGAUGCUAUCCACAAGCGAAAUCAGUCUCACAAGGAAAUGCACUGCCUUCAUCCUGGAGAUCUCUAUCCAUUCACAAGGAAACCCCUGUUCAUCGUUGUGGACUCCUCCAAUAGUGUUGCCUACAAGAAUUUUACAAAUUUGUUUGGACAGCCACUCGUCUGCCUUCUUUCUCCCACGGCAUAUCCAAAAGCUUUGCAAGAUCAGUCUCAGCGAGGUAGCCUCUUCACGCUCUUUUUGAACAAUCCUCUAAUGGCCUUCCUAUUUGUGUCUGGAUUGUCAAGCAUGCGUAGAGGCCUGUGGGAAAAGUGUCAAGAAUAUCUUCGAAAAAUCAACCGUGAUAUUGCCCAGCUACUGACCCAUUCACGUUCAAUAGAUCAGGCCUUCCUCCAGUUUUUUGGAGAUGAAUUUCUUCGAUUGCUUCUCACAAGGUUUGUCUUCUGUUCAGCCACCAUGAGGAUGCACAAGGCCUUUCGGGAAACGCGAAAUUACCCAGAAUCCUAUCCACAACUGCCAAGGGAUGAAACCGUAGAGAAUCCUCACCUUCAGAAGCACAUUUUGGAAUUGGCCUCCAUUCUGGAUGUUCGAAACAUCUUCUUUGAGAAUUCUAUGGAUGACUAUUAAAACCCUCUUGUUUAACAGUUUUUCAUUUUCCACAGAUUUUAAAUGGUGCAAUUUUUUAAUGUAAUGACAUAGUGUGUUACUUGGUUUUUAUUUUUGGAUUUAGGAAACACCAUUUUAAAAGCAAACUGAAAAAAGUUCAAACUUUUAGGGUAACUUUUAAAAUAUAAUCUUUCAAGUCUUUUAAAUUCUCAAUCUUGAAAUUUUUAUUUUUUUGGUCUUGGCAUUAGAUACUUACCUCCAACAUCUACCCCCACAUUCAAAUAGUUACUGUUGUCACCUUAAGAAGAACAUAUAUUGUUUAUUUUUCCAUAAUGAGGACAAUCCAUAAGUUAAACUUGGACCUGGAAGUGUCUGGAUUUGGGAAAUACCUAAUUGUUCAUAGAGGUGAAACUGGCCACAUGAAAGUCAAGAGCAGAGCCCUUCUGUGGAGUUGCUUUUCACUUCACACUAAUCGGUAGGACAUAAGUUACUCUCUGAUGUACAAACUGAUGUCUUGAGAUCUCUGAAUUUCAUUAAAUGAUGUUAAAUUUUUAGAACCUAUUUAGAAUUGUUUGCAUCUGGAAAUUAAAUUUUAAAUAGGAACUUUAAGAUGACAGAUAUUUAGAAUAUGAGUACUAUUAUGAUUUGUUUGCAUAUUUACUUUUCUUUGUGGUCUAUGAAUGCUAAAAAUGCAAAGGAAAAUACUUUUAAGUAUUUCAGCCAAAAAUCAAGUCAUUGGUUUCAUAGUUGGAUCUCUACACAGAUUCUUCGUUGGUUGGUUUUAAACAGUGUUGUAAUGGAUUCCUUGGUAUAUCCGCUGCACAGUUUUUCUAAUCUUUUUUCAUAUUCAAGUUUCCAAGGCAUGGAUGUUAGAGAGACUCUGUGUGAGUUGAGGAUAACUGGGUGUUAAGGAAGUAAAUCGUGAGUUAAUUUUGCUUUAACAAUUUGGAAGAUAUUAAAACUCCCUGUGUUUUGUUAUUUUAUAUUCAUGCACAAGUUUUGUUAUUUUAAAUAGGACUCAAUAUGUAAUAUAAACGUUUUGUACAUCCUUCCCUCCAUCUCCUUGGUAAUCUCAAAGGUCCUAGCUGUGAAGGUUCUUCCUUCCUGGCAUCUUUUGGUUGCAUGGCAUUUAAAUUCAGAAAUCUGUGAAUUGUAGGGUCUUCUGCCUGUGUCUACCCCUGACAGUCCUAGAGAAAUGAGGUGGUUGUUUUCAGUACCUCUUUCCUGUGGCCCUAAGGAAAUUUUUGAUAUGGUAUUUUAACCCAGUUAACUCUCACUAGAGCAUCACGUGGGUGUAAGUUGUGGCCAUAUCUGCUCCAGUGCACUUACUUUGUGAAGUCCAGGUCAUGGUUGGGUCAGGGACUUAGGAAGUUUCAUUUGCUUUUAAAAUUGUUUGUAUGUUCUUUCAGACAGUAUUUUUAAAAGCUUAGAAAAAGGUUAAUCUGGAAAGAGCCCUUCCAGAUAGAGGUUUUUCCUUUUUAAAAGGCCUACUUCCAUUUGUUUGCAAAUCAUGAUUUUCCUUUUAUAAACUUUCCUCCUGGAAUGUAGCAGUAAAUAUUCCUUAGUAGUCUGGCCUCUGUUCCAGUUCCCUUAAGUACUGACCAACAAUGCAUACUUUCCUGUUCCCUGACAUCUAAAGUGGCCUUGACCAGUGUUUUAUUCUUUUUUGCUAAGCCUAAGGACCAGUUGUUUCAAAAGCAAGAGGUCUGAGUUCUAAUCCUGGCUUUUCUAGUAAUGAGCAUGAUAUCCUUUGACAGACAAAUAAUCUGUUUUUUAGCACUCUUCCAUAUAAAAUAGAGCGACUCGGUUAAGAUCCUAUUCCUGUUUGUGAUUCUACAGUUUGGAACAUUUGUUCCAAAAGUGUUGAUUUCCUCCCCAUUGCUUCCAAAAAAGUUGAUUUGUGUGGUUUUAGCACUAUAAUAUCCUUUCUAUAUCGUGUUUACUAAGGUGGUUCAAAACAAACCAAAAAAUCCUAGGUCAUACUUUGCUGUUUUGAGACUUGCUUAAAGAGACUUUCCUGGAGAAAUUAGACCUUCCAUGGUCAGAAAAAAAAUGUAUGUUGCAGAUGCCAGUGUAAAACUAGAUUAUAACAUGGGUUCUUAAACUAAUAGAAAUACAGUUCCUAACUCGUGGUUAAAGAUAUAAAAUGGACCAAAGCUGUGGUUGUAGCUUCUUGGUAGAGCAUUUAGCUAGUAUUCAGAAAUCCUGUGUUUGGUCUUCAUCACUAGGGGAAAAAAAUAUAUUUUUAAGAAAGAAAACAAUAGAACCAAUUUUGAGCUGGGUAUGGUGGUGCAUGCCUUUAAUCCCAGUGCAUAAGAGGCUAAGGCAGGAAGGUUGCAAGGUCAGAGCUAAUCUAGAUUAUAUAGCAAAAGUCCACCUCAAAAACAAUUGUUAAGAGAUCUGAAAUCUUUUGAAAGCAAAACUGGAGUAGGGAAUUUGAAACUUUAAAAAAAAAAUCUUUGCCUUAAAAAAUAAAAACAAACAUACGUCACACAUACCACAUUAUUUUUUUAAUGGCAUUGAAAUGUAAGCAGAGGAGACUUAAAAAUCUUUGCCUUGAGGAUUAAGAUCGGGCUUAGUAUUAGAACCUUGCCUAGCAUGCGUAUAUCCCUGGUUUCCAUCCCUGGUACUUAGAGGUAUAGCAAGAGCAUCAGGAGUUCAAGGCCAUCCUUAGCUAUACAGAGUAAGCUCUAGACCAGCCUGCACUACAGUAUGAGACCCUUUUGCAAAAAUAGAUUUGCCUAUUUUAAGCUCCAUUUAAUCUUAGAAUUUUUAAAAACUUAAAUAGUAAGACUAAAAAAAGCAAAGCCAAGGGAGCAACAUUUUUGUACUCAAAUUGCACAAAUUUCUCUGUAGAUUCUGAUAAAGUUUCUGGUGUCUUAAGAAUCACUAUAAACAAACUAGGAAGAAUCAGACUGUAAGAGACUGGUUAUGCACAAAGCAAAGUGAAGCACAACAGGAUUUUCUUUCUGUAUCCAUGUAUUUCUGAUACUAAACCUUCCCUGUCUUAUAGGAAGCAAGCUGAGAUGUCAGAAGCUACUGGUUAUUUGGUGAUAGACAUAACAAACACGAGCUCAUCUCAGCCCAGUUGCUUAAACUUCUUUCUGUAAUAAACAGGAGGGAAAUUUUUAGAGCUGUAUAAUCUUAACAUAAAAAUUAGGAUUUUGUUCUGUUUUGGAAAUUCAAACCAGUCAAGAUAAGGCUCAGUCAUAGAGUGCUUGCCUAGCAUCUGCAAGGCUCUGUGGUUAAAUCCCAGUAUAAUGAAUAUUCUCGCCAGUGAAUCAGCCACCACUAGCAUUUUUUAUUAAUUAUAAAAUCAGAUUUUUUUUCUUUGAUUUUAGGCAGUAUAUAUUCUUUGUAAGUAUAUCCCUCCUAGGAAGCGGUGCUCUCAAAAACUUUCAAAGCACAGAAUUUAUUGUGCCCUUUAUACUUUUUAACAAAGUUAAAAUGUUUCACAGUUUGGGAAUUGAAGUGUAAUUUGUUAUUUGAGGUUUUCCUGACUCGAGGUCUGGGUUUAGAGUUUGGUUUUGUUUCUUCUCCUCCAUCAUGUAAUAGAAUUCCCUUAAAUAGGUAAUGAUACUGAAUUUCAUUAGUGUCAAGGAAGAAGUCCAGCUCAGACUUCCGAAUCAGACACAGGUCCUUCUGAAGCAUUCUUCUCCAAGUUCAGUCUCUGUCUAUGUCUGAGGUGGGGUUUCAACCUAGUUGAAAAGUCUCACUUAUCCGUGGAGACUUAUAAUCACCUCAAUAACAAGAGAAUGUUCUGGACUGGAGAUGCAUUAAGGUGCCAAUGUCUGCAUACUUGGCCACUGCCAGAAUCAUCCGUCCACUCGGUGUGAGUGGAAGGCUUAAUAUGAAUAUGAAUUUGAAUGCCUUGAGUCUCCUGGAGAUUUGGGAGUAUUUUCUGUUCUCAUGUUUAUUUGGAGAAGUUUAAGAGUGUUUAGGUUGAAGGCUCUUUUUAGAACUUAUUUAUUUGAAAUUCUUAUUUUAAUGGCAUGUGUAUAUUUUUGUGAUGCUAUAUGAAAUCUCUGUAAACUUUUUGUAUAUAUGUGUACAUAUUUUUAAAUAUCUUGGUAUGCAGUGAUGCAGUGUGUGCAUAUUAUAUACCUAUACCCAUUGUGGGCUGAUUUAUUUUAGUUCUGUGAGGACAUCAGAGUGGCAUUGUUCAUGCUACUAUAAUUAGGUUGUGGCUGGAUAUCCUUCACAAGCCUCAAUUUUAAGGGGCUUGUGCUGAGAUAAAAUGGGCUCCUUUGGAGUUGAAAUUAAGAUAUGAAGAUACUAAGAGUAGGCUGCAUAUUCUCAGCUUUAAAGUCAUCUACAAACUUCCAUUUAAAUUGAUAUAUUUGCUAGAAACCUGAAAAACUAUGAUUGUGAAUCUGAGACACCAGCAGUGUCUUACUUAAUCUAUUAGUUCUUUAUUUUUCUUAGCCCAUAUUUGAGUGUUAGUACUGAGUAGGACUUUGAGGGCUAUUGAAAAAAAUUACUUUGCUCUCACUUGAAAAUAGAAAAUGUCUUUUAAGUUGAAAUAGCCAUGUUUAUCAUUAUAAUAUCUGAUGCUAAAUUUUAAUUUCUGAGUUUUUUUCCAUCAGUCUGCUCAUUCUAUAAGUGUCUCUGUGAGGCAGAAGGGACAUUAGCAAAAAAAGGCCAAACCUCAGUGGGCUGGAUAGAGGGGAACUGGGUUGUUGAUGUGUGUGUGUCUACAGCAGCUGUCUGGCUAAGUAAACUUUUCUUGCUGGCAUUGCAUAUCAAAGAUAAGUCCAUUCAUCUGAAAAAUGCUUCCAGCAAAUUCAGAGCCUUUACUUUUAUUGCUGAGUUCCCUGGGAAUACUUUUACUGUACAAUUUAACCAUACAUUCACACACAAAGUAGAUUUCUUAAUAUGAAGUGCCUAAGAGGCUAUAAAAUCCUAGGCUUCUAGCUGAGCACAAUGUGUGGGGCAGGGAGGGUAUCUAUAAUCCCAGUUCUUAGGAGGGGGAGUUAGAAGUUUGAGGCCAGCUUCUGGUGCAUAGUAAGUUUCAGAUUAGCAUGGGCCACAGGAAACCCUGGCUCAAAAAUCCUAAUAGACUUGGGAUGAUAAUGUUGGAGACAGUAAAAUUACAGAAAAUAUGUACGGUGCCAAUUUGUCUGGGUUUUGCAGCAUAUCAAUAUUUUUAGUUCAUGUGCUUAUUUGCAUGAAUGAAUGUAAGGGAUAUUUAGACACUUGGAUAACUUUACUAUAAAGAAUAAAGUUAUUUCUGCAUUGUAAAAUAACUCCAGGGCAACUUUCUACUGUAUUCUUCCAAAGACCAAAUCUCUCUUAUUACUUUUUCCAAAGAGAAAAAUCAGUUUGAGUCAAUUUUACCACUUCUAAAAUUAUUGCAUUUGCCCCUACCCCAUUGUUAAUAAAACAUCCAGCUAUUCAUAACACUUUUCAAUUAUACUCUUAAGGUUAUCUUUUUCCUGAAAUAAAUUAAGGUACAUUAAUGUGAUUUUUUUUUUCCUGAGAAAUCCUAUCAAAAAAUGUUCACAGACUCUAAUGUUGUUUUAACAACCAAACUUUUUUGAAGAAGGCAGAUCAUAUAUUAUGUUUAAAAUUCAUAAAACUGGGGCUGGAGAGAGGUCUGGGCAGUUAAUAAGAACCUCUUUGUGUUUUGCUUAUCUGAGACAGGAUCUCUUUAUGUAGCCCUGGCUGUCCUGGAGCUUCCUAUAUAGAACAGGCUGAACUCACAGAGAUCCUCCUACCUCCACUUUCUGAGUCAUGGACCACCCACCACGCCUAGGUUUAAUUCCUAGCACACACACAGCUGCUCACAACCUUCAGUUCCAGAGCAUCUGAUACAUUCUUCUGGCCUCUGUGGGCACUACAUGCAUGUGCACUGCCUGCAUGUGAGGCAUAGGCAUAUAAUACACCUAUGUGUUUAUUUUCUUUUAAAAAAAAAAAAAAACCUAGUAGGGCAAAGUUGCUACUGUGCCUGUAACUUCUCCCCAAACAGUAACAAAGCUGGUAACUUUGCAGUUCAGCAAAAUAUGAAUUGCUGGGACAACCACGCCUUUCCCCCACAUUCUCCUGAAUGCUUAUGCACACAUAGUCAACUCCUAGUCUUUCCUCAACACUGGAUACUACAUGAGUUAAUAAAAGUAAGAUGAUUCAUCUUCCUCAAACUAGGCCUUCCAUCCUCACUGAGUUCUGAGCACAAGAAUGUAAUUUUCAACAUGCAUUAUAUUAAAUGGAGAAUAAUUUAUGUGACGAUGGAAUCAAUCACCUACUUACAGGAAAGGAAUAACAUAGAAGAAUAUACAAUUAGGUAAGGAUAAAUGCAUUAAGUAUAACUAAUUUGGUACCAUACAAGUAUUUUCUUUGGAAUUUUGUAUGUUUUCUUAAGUGAAAAUCAAGAGUUUCAUUUUUACACAAUACUGUUAUUCAUAACUAUAACAUCAUUUCAUAAUUUUAAAAUAUUUUUCUUUUUGUGCUUUUCAAAUUUAAGUUUGCAGACUACUCAAAGCAGUGGUUUUGAGGGUGUUUUGUUGUUGUUGUUGUUUGUUUUGUUUUGUUUAUAAUAUUGGCAGUAGAUUCCGUUUUAAAAACAGUUUAAAGUAUAUUACAUCGCAUUUGACAGAUUUGCUUACAGGCUCAGUCUGGAUUUGGUCACAAAACAAUCUACAAAUUGCAAAUAUUUUUCCUUUUAAGUGGACAAUUCUAGUCUGUCACCUAAGACAAUCACCUUUUUAUAUGUAGUAUUUGUGGCAAUAUCACUAAUUUCAAAUUUUACUUUUUUCAGAUCCUAGAUUUAACUUUCUAAAUUUUCAUUCUUAUGAAAUGAAAAUUAAUGAACUGAGUUACAUCACUUUCAAAUUGAAGAGAGGAGUUAUGGUUAGUUUUUUUUUUAUAAGUUUGAAGUGAAAGGUAACUAAAUUUUUAUACUUUUGUAUAUAUCACUGUUUUUCCCCCUUGUUUAAAACUGUCAUGAAUGUCCAUUUUUCCCUGGUUCAAAAGUUGAUUUAUAAACAUUAGUUUGAACUAUGAAUUUUUCAUAGCAUGAAAAUUCCAAGCAUGAAACUAGCAUUAGUAACCAUUAUAAAAUGUCAAAUGAUGUUAUCCCUUUCCCUGGUAAACAUUUCCAAACCACAGAGAAAGGCCACUGAUUUUUUUUCCCCUAAAUUAAAAGAUACAGUGGUGUAUUUUAAAGUCUUUAUGGGAAAAAAAACUACUUAUAAGUUCUGUUACCGUUUCCUAAGGAAUGGGUUUGUUUUUUAAGAGUUAUUAUAUCGUUAAAUUACAUUGUGUUGUUCAACACAGUAAUUUAGAACUUGAUUUAUGUGGCCAUUUGUAGUUGCAUAGAAAUACUCUUUUUACCGCAUAGACUAUAAUCGCUAGUUUUCCAAACUUUUUUUUUAUAAGCCUUGCUCUUCAGCUCGAGUCCUGUAUGUUGUAGGAUUCUUAAAAUUGAGGCAGGAAGGUCUUACAGAGUAGGAAAUGCUUAUAGAGAUUACAAGAGAAGGAAUUUCCCCAAAAAAGUUACCCUCAUUUUGUAGCACCAAUAUAAGUAGUAGUUGCAUUUGUCACUGAAUCAGAUGAAGUAGUUAGAAGUCAUAUAUUUUUACUUUGCUGUAAAGAUUAGUAUAACUAAUUUAAGAGAACUUUGUUAUUUUCUGAGCAGUUUCCAUUUUAAGACUUAGUGUCAAUUAGCUUUAUUCAAAGUAUCACUAAAAGUUAAUUAAAUCAAGGGUUUUGGGUGGUUUUUUUUUUAAAAAGUUCUGUUGAUCUUCUUUUACCCUGAAACUAAUGGUGAAUCUGUUGUCUACACUAUGUUAGGCAGAAAUGCACUUGUUGAAAUAGCAGAAACUAUACUUGACUUUCUAAUAGUGUGAAACACUUUUUUUUUAAAUGUGCUUGUCUGUAACUGAAAUGUUAUAGAAUUGUAACCCUGUAGGGAUUAUAGAGUUAUAUUUAUUAGCUCUCAACAGAUUGAAGCACAACAGUUCUCAUGUAACAAUCCUUAUUCAAGUGCUCUCUGUCGUACAAAUAAAGCUGAUUGCCUAUCUAGUUGUUCACACAUCACUAUUAUCCUGUAUGAGACAGUCUUGUUCAUUUGUAUUAAAAUUUGGGUAUUGUGAGUUAAUACUUUCAAAUAAACCUGUCAGUCAGCUCUGAUAUGCAGUAGAUUGUUUAGAUUCACAAAUUUUAUGUGUUACUGGUCAAUUUUGAAGAGACUUUACCACAGUGACUAAGGGGAAAAUUCUAUUGUAUCAUUUGACUUGAACAUUUGUAAAAGUCUUGUCUGUGGUGUUUCUAAAUUGCUUAAACCAUACAUUCUCUUAAGGAUUUUAAUUUGCUUUUGUUCUUUUCCAACAGUCAUUUUCUGGUUUUGUCUGUUACAGUAAACAUUUUAUAGACCUUAGGAAUUGUCAAGUUCUUGAACAUUUAUUUUCUUGAGUUGAUCACUUAACUCUUGUGUAUGUGAUUUGUCAUAAACAAUUAGAGCCUUUCACUUCUUCACUACAUGAAUUUCAGAGUAAACACUGUGAUUCUACAGAGCAGAUUCCAUAGGCGUUCCAAUAUUCUUAACUGUUACACAGUGCCUGUCACUUUGAGGGCACAUAAAUACUAGGAUGGAAAAUAAAACGUUGUUUUGAUGUUUGUUAAAUAACAAGAUUACAGAAUAUCUGUGGGGUUUUUUUUGUUUUUUGUGGUCAGUGUAAUAAAGAAUUUUGCAUUGAUAAAUAUUCUCUAGGAAUGUGUAUACAUUCAUCUAGUGUGAACUCUUGUAAAUGAAUUUUGUAUCUUGAAUCACGUAUAUAUUAAGUGUAUCAUCAAUAUAAAAAUAAACAUUAUUUGCUUAAA